UGAGUUCAUUACAAGGCUGUUGGAUCUUUGGCUCAUACAAGAAAAUAACAGAUAAGCACGGAAGCCAGCUGGAAAAGAAGCAACAUAGUCUAUUGGCUUUCUGUCCUCAAAGGACAAAUCUAAAUAUAUAAUCUAAUCCAGAUACCAUAAAAAGAGCGCGCACGAUGAUCAGGUACUGUUUUGUUUUUGCGGCAGGAUUCUACUGUGGAGUUUUGUUUCAAAACCAAUAUGAAAUUAAAAAUGUAGCCACGCCAAUGGAACUUGGCGAAAGUCUCCUAACAACAGUUAAAGGAUUAUUAGAACAGAAGAAUAAACCUAAAUAACUGUACAUAUAUUGCAUCGCAAAAUUUCUGUAUCAAGAAAAGCACAAAGUUAUGAAUUUUAGCAUCAAGUUUUUUAGUGUUUUACACUUUUUGCUUUCUCCAUGUUACACAUUCAUUUUACCCAAAAGUAUUAGAAAUAUUUCUUCACAAAAUGCAUUUUUUAUUUCUGAAUGGCUUGUUAAAACCAAAAAUUUGCAUGUCAUAUCCAAUCCUUUAGUAGAGGAUAUCGAUUUAGAUGGAAAUCAUGAUGUUUACUUUUCUACAGUAGAUGGUGUACUUUACGGCAUUUCGAACGUGCUUAAAUGUGUUACAGGGAAGUCAUGCGGUAUUCCCUACGAGAAUUGGCCCGUAUCUCACUACGGUGAAAUCUUCUUCUCGACCCCCAUUGCGGUUGAUGUUUACGCUGAGGGUUUCAAGUCAGUACUUUUUAUUAGUCAUCAUGGAGCAGUGUUUACUUAUGAUUAUCUUGGGAAUUUAUUAUCACAUUUUCAAAUUCCGGAUAUCAUUCUAGAUCGAAGUACUUUAUCCCAAAGAGAUCUUGAUGAGAAUUUAUUUGAAUCUAUACGUUGGGCAUCUACUGACAAUCAAUUACCAAUACAUAGUGAAAAGGAUAUCCGUCUACAUCCCAUAGUUUAUACAGAUCCAAUUAUCUUAACUUCAGUGAUUAGUCGAUCGAAUGUGAAUGACAUAAAUUUCUUGUAUACUGAUCUUUUACAUAUUGCAUUAAAUUUCGUUAAUUAUCAUUCUUAUAUCACAACAGCGUCGUUGAAUGAGUCAUCUCCAGAUGAUGGUGUACUGGUAGCAGCAAUUGUGAAUAUACCACGUUGUGCUUUAUUUUCUGUAAAGAACGAAGAUUUCAAGUUAUGUUCACCACGUCUUAAAGUAUUAGAAGUUGACUGGUUAUCUGUUAAAUUACCACCGUAUAUUUUCUCGUCGCCUAUUAUAAAUGCCAAUGUUUUGGGAGAGACUCGAGUCAAAGAUCGUUCAUACGUUGAUAGUUAUUAUAGUUUUAUUACUACAUUUAGUGGAAAUAUACAUGUGGUUCAAUUAACAAUGUUAAAUAGUCAUGUUAGUCAACUUUCGUUAGAAGUCAAUAACAUUUUUAUUGAUUCUCAUUCUUUCCGUAUCACUCCAAUGACCUUAUCAUGUGUACCAUCUCCAUGUCCAUUAAAUAAAAUGAAAUCGAACAUAUUACAGUAUAGUGUACUUACUUGUUGUCUACAAGUGGAUAUUUAUUCUUGUUUACGUCUUGUUCUUCUUGUAUCAACUAAAAAAUAUCAUUCUCAAAUUUAUUGGACAUAUUGCCCCGCUACUUCUAAUACUACUACGACUACAUUAGAGUAUGGAGAACAAACUGGUCAAGUGAUAAUUGUUCCUGGAUGUCAAAAGUUACAAACUUGUUCACCAUGGUCUGUUUACACAACACCUGAUGGUUAUGCACAUGCUGUCGACAUUCAGACCGGAUUAUCGGCUCCAGGAUAUCCUGUUAAUUUGUUUACUAUGUAUCAUAAUGUUACAAAUCUUUCUAUAGGGUCUGGAUUAUUAUAUCAAAGAGAGGAUUAUACAUACUGGUUGGUUUUUACUGAUGUUUACACAAAUUUGAUUCAUUUGCGACUACAUAAUCCUUUGGUGAUAAUAUCACAUAAUCAUGAUAGCAUGUUCAAUCAUCAAACUAAUUCAUUGCAGACAAUUUCAUUAUCUCCAAUACCCUUACCGUUACCAACUGGAGUAUCAACGCCACCUUCAUACCUCUUAUUGUCAAAUCAUGGUUUAAUGUUAUUGAGGAGUAGAUCAUCUCCGAUUGUUCAGUCUAGUUCAACAUCAUUACUGACUUAUUCUAAGUAUAUUGACAAUGUGGACAAGUCCAUUACUCAAUUUAUCAGUGUUCAAUUCGUUAACGAUCAUUUCGAACCAGUUGAUUCUAUUAUUCUUGAUGAUAAUAAAAGAAUUUUAAAUUAUUUAAUCAGAGAUUGUUCAUAUCAUUUAAAGUUAUUUAAUGAAUCCCGAUUAGCAAAACGAUUUUUAGUCAGAUUAUUAACAUCAUUUGGUGUACCAAUAUCGGAAUGGUCCAAUGCAUAUCUAACUACAAAUAUGACAUGUCAUUAUCAUUGUUAUUGUUUCAAUGGUUCAUUGUCUAUUCAACAUAGUUUACCAUUAAAUUCAUAUCAUAAUGAAUUAUAUCUGUCAGUGAUUGAUUCAACUAAUGGUUAUUUCAUUGUUAAUUAUCCAAUGAUAACAAGCUCUCAAAUGAUUUCUACACGUAUUAUUUUACAUAUUGGAUCAUAUCAAACACAAUUAAUUGUCAGUUUGAUUUAUUUACCCGGAGUUUAUUUAUUUAUUGGAUUAACUAUUAUUCAUUGGUUUUCUAUAUUAAUAACAAAACAGAAAAUGAUUGUACAUAAUAAUAAAUUGAUGAAACAAUCUAUUUGAGUUAAAUUUUUCGUUCUUUAUUUUAUGGAAUAUAUCUAAAUAACAGCAACAAAAAUCUAUUGUUCAUACAUACAGUGUAAACAUCACAAUGGUCAACUACAAAUCUCAUUACUUCCAUAGUGUUUUAAAUCCUUUUCACCUUUUUCUUCUCUGUGUUAAUGUACAAUUAUUCCACUUGUAGUGUUAGACAUUAGUUUUAGCCCAUAAUAUAUCUUAUUCUAGUUCCCGGACAUUCCAUUCUAUUCAUUGUACUUGAGUCAUGUUUUGACCUUGUUAAUUAUUCGCUUAUCAAUCUAGACUGUUUUUUUUUUGAGCGUAUAUGUGUGUGCCCUUCUUAUUCCAUUAAUCACAUGUCUGUAGCUUUAUUUUGUCUGACUAUAAAUAUUGAGUAAUGCCCGGCUUGAAAUGGAGUUGGCUUCCCAGCCUUCUUCCAUACGUGUCAUUUUUGCUUUGCUGUGUCUCAUUCGCUUCGUGUACGAAAUAUAUGUAUUCUGAAGUCAAUUCUCGUUAUUCGACUUAUUUAAUUUCGUUAUUGGAUAACGCGAUUUAAGUCGAUGACGAUAUACGAGAAAAGGCGAUGACAAACAUCCAUACAAUCAUUCGUACGCUCUAAAUGGAGUCAGAUCAACGGGCUCACCAAAUAUGUGGUGGUUGGUAUUCGAUAUAAUCCUUAAACUUCGUAUAGAGCUCGUCUUGAUAACCGUUCUAUAUAACGUCCCAACGGCAUAUUAAUCAGAAGACAAAUACGAAGUGUUGAUUACGUUUAUUACGAGACCACACACAUAUAUCCAAAUGUACAGAUGCGUUAAACAAGCAUGGAAGAGUUGUGCUAAAAGGCAAGCAAGCGAGCGAGAGCCAUAGCAAAGCAAUUUUGACACGUAUGGAAGAAGGCUGGGAAGCCAACUCCAUUUCAAGCCGGGCAUUACUCAAUAUUUAUAGUCAGACAAAAUAAAGCUACAGACAUGUGAUUAAUGGAAUAAGAAGGGCACACACAUAUACGCUCAUAUAAAAAACAGUCUAGAUUGAUAAGCGAAUAAUUAACAAGGUCAAUACAUGACUCAAGUAGAACGAAUAGAAUGGAAUGUCGGGAAACUAGAAUAAGAUAUAUUAUGGGCUAAAACUAAUGACUAACACUACACACUUUUUUUUUCCUAUAGCUUGUUUCAUUUUCAUGUUAGUUUUCAUAAUUUCUAUGUUCGUAGCAUAUCAAUGUUAUAUUAAUACAUUUGCAUAACAAUAUUCUAUAUGUGUAUAUAAGGAAAUAAAUAAAAUACAAUACAUUAUAGGCAAGAA